AUGGGUUACGCUUUCAAGGAUCCGGAGACCAAUGAAUCUGUUUUUACCUUUUUUUCGGAAUUCAACCAAACUUGGUCAGGUCAAUCCGGAAUAGAGGCGACAAUUCUCAUCAUCAUCCUCAUUAUGGCAGUGGUUGGCAACACAAUGGUGGUGUUGGCGGUUUUUAGAAAUAAGAAGAUGCGACGGCCAACAAAUUAUUUCAUCGUGAAUCUCGCUGUUGCUGAUUUGCUGUUUGCAGCUUGGAUUCCAUUUAUCUGUAUAACUCGCAUUACCCAUCAGUGGGUGUUUGGUCACGCAAUUUGUAAGAUGGUGACAUACAUUCAAUUUGUGUGUGGGACCAGUUCUAUUUUGACCAUGAUGAUAAUCAGCAUAGAGAGACACAAUUAUGUCUGCGCUCGUCCAGACAAAAGAAUUACACUUAAUGUUUCUAUAGUCCUAAUUGUCAUCAUAUGGAUAUUGUCUGUCGUUUAUCCAGUUCCGGUCGCCAUUGCUCAAACGGAGAUGACCCUCAGAAUCAACAAUGUAACAAACACAUUCUGUGGUUUAUCAUGGCCAGAAUCUUUCCACGUCAAUGUUUAUCUCGGAUGCAUGGUGUGUUUAUUUUUUAUUCUCCCUCUCGUUGUCAUUUCGUUCAAUUAUGUCAAAAUUUUUAGAGUCAUGAAAUCGGCCUCUUUUCGCACAAGGAGUGUUCGAUCGGACAAGCGGGCAGAAAAACAAGUACGCCUCACAAAGAUGUUCAUAGCAAUCGUUUGUAUUUUUGUUGUGAUGUGGUUACCGUUUUUCGUGGUUAGUUUUCUUGCAGUCUAUCUCAAACAAAUAACAUCCACCCAAUUCACAAUCACCAUCAUCUUGGCCUCAGCCAACACGAGUCAAAAUCCCGUUAUAUACGGGUUCUUCAACACAAAAUUUCAGCGGGAAUUUCAAAACAUGUGCAGCUGCUGCAUUAGCCUCUACGACUCGUCUACAACAUACAAAAUUAACCGAGAGGAGGGUACUAUAAAUGGAACAUUUACCGGGACAAGUUCCAAAUAGAC